UCUCACAGCCCCCCCAUGCCUCUCAGCCACACGCAGAGAAAGAGAGAGAGACUGACUGACUCCCAGGCUGCCUCCCUCCCUCCCUCACACACACACACACAUCGACUGGAAACUGACUGGAGAGGCAGCUAUAGACACACAUACACAUCCACACUAACACAGAGGGGAGAGCAGGGACCACCGAGAGAUCAGCUGCACAAUACACUCAUCCCCCUCCCUAGUUUUUAUUCUCUCUACCUCAGCCUUCACCACAGCUCACCGAUUUGUCACCAUACACCCUUACCUUGGACAUUUUUUCAUUUAUUCUUUUUUAUUUUUUUUUAAUUUUUUUCUUUUAGGAUAUACCUGUAUUUUUUUAACUAUUAAAGUGGGUCACCUGGAACUGGCAGGGGCACUUGGACUUGGGCUAAUUUCUUUCGUCUCAGGGUGAUGUGUGGGUAAUUAUAUGCAUUCUCAAGCUAGCAGCAUCUGCGUUAUAUCCUACAUAUAGGGUUGGCGUUUGUGACAAUGCACAAGAAGAUGCUCCGUGACAAAUUGCUGUCUGCUGAAAAAUCACCCAGAAAGAAAUAAAAGGAACGUCUCUUUAAAAAAAAACAAAAACCCAAGCCAGACCAAAAUAAUUUUUCAUUAUAGAAGGGUUUACCCAGGGAAUAAAGGUGACUGAGUUAAGCUGCUUCAGUGGUUUCCCCCCUCUCUCUCCCCCUACCCCCUUCCAGUUACCCUCCUCUGAAAUGUCCAAUAUGAACACUAAUGUCUGUGUGGAGAAUGGACAGAACCCCGAGGCUGCUGUGCUCCCCAAGGAUAAUUUGGUGGAGGGGGCUCUCAACAGCCUCAUGGAUUACAAUUCAGAAAUGGAGAGGUAUAGGUCCUUUGCCACAUUUUACAAAACCAAUGGCGCUUUCCCCCAGGCUGCUAAGAUUGCCAGGAUCACAACCCCCAUUUUCCCCAGUGCACGGAUUGGCAUGUCCCCUUGGAACUGUGAUAAUGCAAUGCUCUGGGGGAGGAAAUCAGCCGCUAUCAACCCUAAUAGGACCAGCAUGCACAGAAACGACUCCCAGCGGCUGGGAAAGCCUGGCGGGGCGCCAGAGUCUUUGCAAAUGGCAAAUAAUAAUUUCCUUUCCACCUUAUCCCCUGAACACUGCAGACCUUUGGCAGGGGAAUGCAUGAACAAGCUCAAAUGCGGCGCUGCUGAAGCAGAGAUAAUGAAUCUCCCUGAACGCGUUGGAACUUUUUCCGCUAUUCCAGCUCUAGGGGGCAUCUCAUUACCUCCAGGGGUCAUCGUCAUGACAGCCCUUCACUCCCCCGCAGCAGCCUCGGCAGCCGUCACAGACAGUGCGUUUCAAAUUGCCAAUCUGGCAGACUGCCCGCAGAAUAAUUCCUCGGGAGCCGGCGGGAAUCCUGCCAAGAAGAAGAGGAAAAGGUGUGGGGUCUGUGUCCCCUGCAAGCGGCUCAUCAACUGUGGAGUCUGCAGCAGUUGCAGGAACCGUAAAACAGGACACCAGAUCUGCAAAUUUAGGAAAUGUGAAGAGCUUAAGAAAAAACCUGGCACUUCACUAGAGAGAACACCGGUCCCCAGUGCUGAAGCAUUCCGAUGGUUCUUUUAAGCUGUUAAAAAUGUUAUUUUAAAGGCACUCAGAAGUGAAUGACAAAAACUGGUCAUGUUUUGGGAACUGCAAAUGUCCACAACUGAAGAAUUUACCGAAAGACUAUUUUCAUUUAUGUACAGAGGGUUCUUCAAACAUAUGGAAAGGAAAUAAAUAAUCACCUGAGCCUUGGGAUCUGCUGGUUCACCUACAUUUAAUACACAGGUUCAUACUUUAAUGUAAUUUAGCUAUAAUUAACAGUGAAAUUGUUGUCUACUUUCAAAUGACUGAUAGGAAAUCAUUUGGGUAAACCCCCUGCUGUAAAAUUAUGUAACUUUGAAAAAAAAAAAAAAAAACAUAUCUAUACUUCAUUUCCAAAUAUGUGUUUCAGUACUGUAAACUGUACAGAUAGCUGCUUGUAUUUUGUGCAUUUAGACACAAGGAGACAAUCAUGUCUGAGCAUCUAUAUGAAGAUUAACAGUUUGUACUCAGCAGUGUGGUUCUGCAACCUAAAUCUGGAGCAAUAAAUUCUAGCUUUAAACGUUAUUUUGCCAGCUGGUUAGUCACAGCAGCAGCAGCGACAGCACUGUAUUACAACAUGCAUCCCCGGAGACCCGAUUUGUAAUUCCCCAAGGUUAAAAGAUGAUGACCCAUCUAUCAAUAAUUGUCAAGCGUAGGGAAAAUGAGGAGAGCAAAUUUAUAUCAUCGCAUCUGUUAAAAAUGGCCGAGCUACUUUAUUAUCUAGAAACGCCUUCAACAUUCUUAUACCCAAGGUAUCAUCUAAGCAAAUGGAUGAACCAUUGCAGUUGGUGGGCACUUGUGUCAUUUGAAAAAAAAUUCUUUGUUCAAAGGAUAUCCCUUGUAAUAAAGCACUUACCACAACUGACCCAAUUUCAUUGUAGGGCCGUGUCAGGCAGCAUACAGUAUUGUAGUUCGUCCAGUAGGACCAAUCUUUUGAAUUAUUUGUUCAGGGAAACAGAAGUGUACUGUGACCAUGUAACUGAGUACAUGCCUUCUGAUUAGGUUUUUCUAUAGUAACUGUAAACACUGUAAAAUAUAAAUGCAUUCUCACUGGAAUGACCAAAGUAAAAUACACACAAGCACACACACAUACACACAUAAAUAUAUAUGUAUGCAGCAGAUGGGCAAUUCCAGACAUGAUAGUUUUUCCCAAAAAGUGCAGAAAAAUAACUAAUUUAAUCUGUAACGUGUCAUUUCAAGGAUCUCAUUUAAUAUGUGUGAUGUCUCCAUCUGUAUAACAUCUUAGGUACCCUCAGUAUACAGUCACUUGGUAUGAUUAGUUGCAGAUUAUCCUGACACUUUAAUUCUUAGUUAAUGUCAACUGAAUUAAAAGUAUCUCUUUAGUAAAACAUACCUAAUGCAUAGUAUUCUAUUUGCAAAUAAUUUUAUUGUUGUUAAAGGUACUCGUUAUUAGUAGGGAUGCACCGAAUAAAUCAUUGGCGGAAUUAGCCGAAUUCCAAAUCCAAAGAGAUCUGACCAAAUGCAGAAGCAAAACCUUAUUUGUAUAUAUCAAAUUUUAGGGGGGAAAAUGGUUCUGUGAACCAAAAAUUGUCCAGAGCUGUAAAGUCAGCUGUAAAGUCACAUGUCUUUAAGAAGAGCAUUUACUAAGAUUUUAUUUUGUUUUUUAAGAUUCAGAUUUUUUUGCGCUAAAACUCGAAAAGUUUCGAAAAAAAGUUGCAACUUUUCUGGGAUUUAUUAUGCGACAAUCCUGAAUCCGAAUAUACACCUUCUAAAACCUAGAUCAUGUAGAAGUCAAUGGCAGAUGUCCCUUCCCUGGAAUCUCCAUCUUUGCUUUGAACUUUUAGAGGUUUUUGGAUUUUUGACACUGGCUUUUGUGCGACAAGUUUUCAGUUUUCACAACUUUUCUGCAACUUUUUCCCAAACGUGCUUUUUCAGAUCAGAUUUUUUUGUUUCACAAAGUGUGGAAAAUUUGAGUUUUAGUAAAUCUGCCUUUAAGGGUUCAAAUUUGGUUUUAAUAAAUACAAGGGCAGAUGUAUUAAAAUAAGUUAUUUUCUACUAUGCAUGAAAAUUGCAGCACAAAACAGCAAUCUCUAUUUUUUUUUCAAACCUGAGUUUCCCAGAUUAGUCAGUCAAAACCUUUGCAACCAUAUAACGUCCAAAUGCCUCUAUAGCGUCCUAGCGCUGACGUAUGGCAUAAUAACUAGUGCAGGGAAUCUUCUUGCUUCAUUUGUCUUUUCGUACUGGUUUAAUUUUGUAAUUAGGUAGCCUUUUAUAUAAGUUAGAGCAAAAAAGGGAACGUUGUGCUUACCCCUACUUUUGAAACCAUUAGGUGGGGGUGCAAUGAGGUUGUGACCACAAGAUUCAUACAAACAGCAACCAGAGGUCCUCUGCAAUCAUUAUCAAUAAAUAUAGGGCAUUAGGACAUUCUGUGCAUUAAGAUGCCAAGAAAUGCCCUCCCCUUUAUGCAAAACAGGGAUUGUUAGUCCAUAUAUUGCAAUAUAUUCAAGCUGGCCAACUACGUCAAAGUCCUCACUGGUCUGGCCAGUCCUACACUUACUUUUAUCUGAUUCAUAAAGACUUGUAGUAGUUGGCCAGCUUGAAUAUAUUGCAAUAUAUGGACAAACAAUCCCCGUUCUGCUUAAAGGGGAGGGCAUUUCUUGGCAGCUUAAUGCACACAAUGGAACAAUACAUUUUUUUCACAGAUUAACAUGAUUUUUCCAGUUUGAGUUUUUUUUCGCAAAAUAUAUAUUUGAAAAUGAAUAAACCUGUCCCUUAGGAUUUGACCAAACCAGAAUAAUUUAAAACAGGCUGCAGUUCAGCCAAAUCUUGGAUUCAAAUUAUGAAUUUGUGCAUCCCUAGUCAUUAGUGUGUUCUUGCUUAGCCGGUCUCCAUCAUUUUGUCUGGAAUUGCCCAUCUCUUGUAGAUUCUCCAAAAUAGAUACUCUGAUGCCCCCCUACAGUAGUUUAUUUUGGAGAUCUGUGUCUACAGUGUCGGACUGGCCCACCAGGAUACCAGGAAAACUCCCGGUGGGCCCAGGUGUCAGUGGGCCCUCUUGCUUCUACAUAUUUAGCCUAUUUCAUGGUCAUUCCCUAUUUCUGUAUGGGAACAAGGAAACUUGAUGGAUGGAGGAAUCGAGUAUAGUAUGUAGAGAAAAGAGACAAAGAUAAUAAAGAGUUUGAGGGAGGAGAGGAGGGAUUAAAGUUUUGAGAGUGGGCCCAUGGUCCAGGGUUUUCUGGUGAGCCCCUGCCAUCUCAGUCCGACACUGUGUGUCCAGCUUACCAAUUAAGCAUUAAAAGGAUCUAAAAAUGAAUGUUUAAUUUCGAUCGUCUUCAGUAGAUAGCAGCUAAGCAUAAGUCAACGUAGAAAUCUAACCUGCAAUUGAGUGUUGUAUCUUUUUAUUCUCUGUUUGGCGUUAGGUUUAUUUAAGCAUUGUGAAUCCAUACAUUUCUGCAAGGUACUACAAAAAUAGCUAUUCCCCUCCCCCCACCCACCCUGCCUCCCAAAAACAAUUGUCAAAUAUAUUGCCAAGCUCAAUAAGUUCUUUUUUUUUAAAUAAGCUGCAUUGCCAGAUUUUAAUUGACUGGCAGAUAGCAAGUUAUUCAAAUAACUUUAGUUGAUAAAAAAAAGCCUUAUUCGCACGUGCUGUUUACCUUGCUUUGCCUUUUUUUAAAAAAAAAUCGCAAUUACUCUUUCAAAAGUAGAAACGAGUCAGUUCACGCUACAUUAGGUGUACAAUAUCUACCAAGAUACUACAAGCGAUGUACUCACUGUCUAAUACCCUAAUGUUGCAUGUCUUGAUGUGUGUGUGGGAGUGUUCUUUUUUUUUUUAUUCCUUGGACCGAUGGAUCUAUAUUGUAAAUGUGCUGUUUUAUCUGUUCGAAUUGAAACUGAAAACAAAAUGAUUAUUUUUUUUUUUGUUAGUCAUGUUAAUAAUUCUGAAUAUUGUUCUUUAGACUAUAUAUAUUUUACUUUUUCCCGUUUCCCCCCCGAUUUGUGAUCAAAGAGCAUUCUGUUUUAGUGUUUGUUUGUUUUCUUCGCUCACCAAACAUUUCUUUUUGAAUAAAUGAUUUUCUGAUACAUAUUUUGGAUGUUUUCAAAAUGAAACUCAUUUUGCGGUUUCUUUUGAAACGCAAGUAUUAAAAAAUAAAAGUGAUGUUUAGCUAUAAUGUAUAUUGCAAUUAGAGGACAGACAGUACUGGGAAAAAAAAAUAAAAUAAAAAAGAUUUUCUUUCAAGGUGCACUAGAUGAAAAUAAUGUGAUAAUGAAUAUGUACGCUAUUUGUGGGUAAAUUUUCAUUUCAAGUUUUGUACUAGGAAACAAUGCUUAUUUGUGUUUCAGACCCCUUGGCAUGUAACUCUUACAAUUAAUUCAAAAAGGAUACAAAUAUUUACUUUGGUUACAGCUAUAAUCAGAUAAUGAGGGAAGAAAUGUAUUAAAUGAAAAUUACUAUUACUAUUUAGGUUUAAAUAUAUCCGCAGCAGAAAACAGUAGUAGGCCUUUGAUCAUGGUUAGAUACAUAGUGAUUUCAAACAGUCGGUUCCAUGUAGCAGCUAAAUGUUCCAGAUUUUGUUUGUCAUUACAUUUGGCAGUCUCACACUGAGAUCUACUAUGUUCCUGGUGAAUAAAAAGACAGCUCCUACUGGAUGCUAGAAUGAUUACACGUUCAUAAAAACAAGGAAACUUCGUUUAUUAGGAUCAUUAAGCGGCCCACCAAUAUGCACUCCCUUCACAGUAUUCUACUAUUUCUGAACUGUGCUGUUAUCUAUUACAUUUUCUAACAGAUAUAUGUGUAAGGUGUAUGUAUGCUUGUGCAGUUAUGGAAAAAAAAAGCAGUUUUGGAAAACAGUGUAUUUAUGAGAAAAAAAAAAUCACCUAUGGGGCAUGUACAAAAUUGUAAAAAUACACAUUAAAUUUGCCCGGUAAAGUUGUUUUUUGUGACAUUUCUGUGUUGUUAAAUAAAGGACUUUAGUAUUACAAA